AUGGCGGAUGUUGGCGACGAAUCGAACCUCGUGUCCGAGCCUCUCGACCUCGUGAGGCUCCUUCUGGACGAAGUCGUAUUCAUCAAGCUGAGGGGUGACCGAGAGCUCAAGGGGAAGCUUUAUGGCUAUGACAGCCAUUGCAACAUCGUCCUUGGCGAUGUUGAGGAGACGAUAUACGUCGUGGAUGACGAUGAGGAGCCUGAUGCUGAGCCAAAGACCAUAAGCCGCAAGGCCGAGAUGCUCUUUGUUCGAGGUGACAGCGUCGUCCUCAUCUCACCUCAUCACCCCGCACAUCCCCGCCUCCGCUCCCGGCGCCGGGCUUCCCAGGACCCCAUAUCUACCUCCGCGCCGCCCGCCCGCGCCGUACCGCAGUUCCAGCUCACCUUUGACCCAUCCCUCGCGGCCUGGAACAAAUCGGUACAGCAAUGGGCCGCCGAUAACGACAAGCACUUUGACGGGCUGGCGGUCGGCGCGCACGUCUACGACCCGGCGGGACGGGUGCUUCUGGUGCAGCGCGCGGCCGGGGACUCGAUGCCCAACUUGUGGGAAGUGCCGGGCGGAGCGGCGGACGCGGAGGAUCCGACGCUCUUCAAGGCCGCGGCGCGGGAGCUCUGGGAGGAGACGGGUCUACGGGCGCGGCACCUGGCGAGAGUGAUUACGGAAGGGCGGGAUAGGGCGCCGGGAUCGGUGUUUACGAAUAGCAGGGGCACCAAGAUCUUGUGCAAGUUUUCCUUCGAGAUCGAGGUCGAGAGCUGCGAGGAGGUGCAGAUCGACCCGAAUGAGCAUCAGGCGUACGUUUGGGCUUCGGAGGAGGAGGUGCGGGCGGGGAGACGGGGGAGGAGCGCAAGAUUCCUCUGA